AUGGCCAAGACACGCAAAUGCUACUACGUCGUUUCGGGCAACUCGGGUUCGCGGUUCAAAGGUUUCGAGGCGAUGAGUGAGGCUGAAAGUUGGAUGGAGGGUGAGGAGCCCGUUCGCGGCGCCGCGCACAGGAGUUUCGAGACCAGCGACGCCGAGCCAAGCCACUUUGCUCAGUUUGACGGUUUAGAGUCCGACGGCCAGGCCGGCUUCGAGGACGAGUUCGCCCGCUCGCAGAACUGA